CUGAGAUAGAACAAAUAAUUUUAACAUUAAAAAUUGACACCCUUCAGCUUUAAGGAGCUCAGUGUUUGGGGAGGGUUCUUCACUACAGCCUAAAUGUGAAGGUGGUUCUGAGGAGGACAGCUCCAGUCAUCUCCGCCGAGCCACAACCGAACCACAGCGAGCAAACGUCCCAGAACCUGCAUGUUUGGCUCUGUCAUGGCCUCCCCCCUCAUAAGUGAGCAUUAUGGAUUAGUGGAGGGCAGGCGACUGUAAAUCCCCACUGUUGUGCUGAUCUGGAUUCAAACGCUGGACAGAUAAAUUGUCAUUUGAGGAUAGUAGCAGGCGAGCCGGGACAAUGGAUACAAACAUGCGCAAAUUUACGGUGAGAAGAUGGUUUUCCGUGUACCUGCGCAGAAAGUCGCGAUCCAAAAGCUCCAGUUUAUGCAAACUAGAGGAUGACAGCAUCUUAAAGGAGUUUGAUAUCAGCCAUCAUGUGAAGGAGGGCUUUGAGAAAGCAGACCCGUCGCAGUUUGAGCUGCUCAAGGUGUUGGGUCAGGGCUCCUACGGAAAGGUGUUCUUGGUUAGAAAAAUCAAAGGUUCAGACACAGGACAACUCUAUGCCAUGAAGGUCUUAAAAAAAGCAACAUUAAAAGUGCGGGACAGAGUGAGAUCGAAAAUGGAGCGAGACAUUCUUGCAGAAGUGAAUCAUCCCUUCAUUGUCAAACUCCACUACGCCUUUCAGACAGAAGGAAAGCUGUACCUUAUAUUGGACUUUCUCAGAGGGGGAGAUCUUUUCACACGCCUCUCAAAAGAGGUAAUGUUUACUGAGGAAGAUGUGAAGUUCUAUUUGGCUGAGUUGGCUUUGGCUUUGGAUCAUCUUCAUAGUCUGGGCAUCAUCUACCGUGAUCUUAAACCAGAGAACAUUCUCCUUGAUGAAGAAGGCCACAUAAAGAUCACAGAUUUUGGCCUGAGCAAAGAGGCGAUCGACCAUGACAAACGAGCGUACUCGUUCUGCGGGACCAUCGAGUACAUGGCCCCAGAGGUGGUCAAUAGACGAGGUCACACUCAAAGUGCUGACUGGUGGUCCUUUGGUGUCUUAAUGUUUGAAAUGCUGACUGGAUCCCUGCCAUUUCAAGGCAAAGACCGCAAAGAGACAAUGGCACUUAUUCUCAAGGCAAAACUCGGCAUGCCACAGUUCCUCAGCCCAGAAGUCCAGAGUUUACUGCGGGCUCUUUUCAAAAGAAACCCUUCCAACAGACUAGGUGCAGGACCUGAUGGAGUGGAAGAAAUCAAGCGGCAUAUAUUUUUUGCAACAAUAGACUGGAAUAAAUUGUACAGACGAGAAAUCAAGCCUCCCUUUAAACCAGCAGUGGGCCGACCAGAGGACACAUUCCACUUUGAUCCUGAGUUUACAACCCGCACACCGACAGACUCACCCGGUGUUCCACCCAGCGCUAAUGCACACCAGCUCUUCCGCGGCUUCAGCUUUGUGGCCUCUAACCUGGGUCAAGAACAGCCACUGGCUGAGACCAAGCAAAACUCUGUGAACCCAAUUGUACAGCAACUUCAUGGCAACAACAUUCUUUUCACUGACGGCUAUGAGUUGAAGGAGGAUAUCGGCAUUGGAGCGUAUUCGGUCUGCAAACGUUGUGUCCACAGAAUCACCAGUGUGGAGUAUGCUGUCAAAAUUAUUGACAGAGCCAAGAAGGACCCGUCUGAAGAGAUCGAGAUUCUUCUGCGAUACGGCCAGCACCCAAACAUCAUUACUCUGAAAGAUGUCUAUGACGAUGGCAAGUUUGUGUAUCUGGUGAUGGAGCUGAUGAGAGGAGGAGAGCUGCUGGACCGGAUCCUGCGGCAGAAGUGCUUCUCAGAGCGCGAGGCCUCAGCUGUGCUCUGUACCAUCACCAAGACUGUGGAGUAUCUGCAUUCACAGGGGGUUGUGCAUCGAGACUUGAAACCCAGUAACAUCCUGUACGUCGAUGAAACAGGCGACCCAGAGUCCAUCAGAAUAUGUGAUUUUGGGUUUGCCAAACAGUUAAGGGCUGAAAAUGGUCUGCUCAUGACACCGUGCUACACUGCAAAUUUUGUGGCCCCUGAGGUCCUGAAGAAACAGGGAUAUGAUGCUGCCUGCGAUAUCUGGAGCCUGGGAAUCUUACUGUACACCAUGCUGGCUGGUUUCACGCCCUUCGCUAACGGCCCUGACGACACACCAGAAGAGAUCUUGGCUCGCAUUGGCAGUGGGAAAUUUGCCCUGUCAGGAGGCAACUGGGACACGGUGUCUGACGCAGCAAAGGACAUUGUAAGUAAAAUGCUGCAUGUGGACCCUCAUCAGCGGCUGACGGCACCUCUUGUUCUCAGACAUCCCUGGAUAGUGAACCGCGAUCAGUUAUCUCAGAGCCAGCUGAUCAGACAGGAUGUGCAACUGGUGAAGGGGGCAAUGGCUGCCACAUACUCAGCUUUGAAUCGAUCACCUCAGGCCCCAAAACUGGAGCCAGUGCUUUCUUCCUGUCUGGCUCAGAGAAGAGGCAUGAAAAGACUCACAUCCACUCGUUUAUAGCACUCCAGCCAGACACAUGAGCUUCUACAGCUUUAAGACAUGUCAGAGCACACCGGCUUCGGACAAGGCACCAGACGACCGGCAAAACAUCCGGAGCAGAGUGCAAAAAUUGGAUUGACCACAGAGUGUCAGAGCAAUCUCCAAAGAGUGACAAAUGAUCUGCCAAGUGUCUCUGCUGAUGUCAAGAGAUUGAUGAGGGCCAGAUGCAAACAUCACAGCUGUCGGGGCUCAAAAACAGAUCUUUCAGAGCGUGACGCUGGUGUUCUGUGCGUGUGUGUGUGUGUGUAUGUGUGUUCCACCCCUGUAGACUUCAGGAGUGUCGCAUCAUGGAGUGUGUAGUUUUAACGGUGCAUAACAAAGAUCACAGUUAUCAUUCCCAAACUGUGUGCAGGCGGCAGGGGCGUCGGACUGGGGGUAAAACCAGUACUGAUUACCAGGGAAGAGAGGAAGAGAGGGCCCUUGAAAAGUCUGGAAUAUAUUUUAUUUUACCUGGAUAUUUUUAUGGGGGGGCAUGGGGGGCCAUCAGGACUGCCUAUGCAUAGGGCCCGGGAUCUUGUGCAACGCCCCUGUCAGGCGGACGUUCAUAACAGUUGCUACCACUUACUGCAGACACUUCAGUUAGAGCCAUGUAGAAGAUGCUUUGGUCUAUCAUGGUGACAGUGCUGCACCUUUAGCUAUGUGCCAGCAUUAUUAGCAUCUUUUGAACAUGCAUGCCAUGUACAGGAUGUAUUUUUAUGACAAACAAAUGGUUCUAACAUGCUAAUGAAAGCACAAGGAACAUCGUUCAUGUUGUUUUUGUUUUUCUAACCUUCUAUAAUGUCCCAGUUUGACUUUUUUAGUUCAUCUUUUUGGUGAUUUUAUUGGUCUUAUGUAAUACUGAGACUACAGAAAACAGCUGUUUUUAAUUGUAAUAAUCUAUUUAUUAUUAUAUAAAAAAAAAUCAUAUUGCAUAUUUGCACCACACUGGUUUUAUUUAUUUAUUUAUGUUUUUGUUAAUAUGCAUGUUUAUUUAUAUUUCUGUUUAAUUAUUUAAAUAUUAUUUUUAUUGAAGAUAUCCACUACCUUAUUAUUAAGUGACCUUUAUGCAUAAACAUGAAACCUAAACAAGUGCCCAAGUGCCACACUUUUGCACUAGACUGAUUGAAAGAUGAUAAAGAAAAAAAAUUUAGAAUAUAAACAUGUGCAUACAUUUUCACUUUUGUGGAAAUGUAAAAAAGAAAAAAAAGUGUAAAUACAGUUUGAACUAGACUACCAAAAUUUAUUGUAAAGUCUUUAAAUCAACAAUCCUGAAAGCAAAAGACAUGAUUUAUGAACUGAGGUCAUUGCCAUUACACCUAUAGCUAUCCAUCAUAAUCUUCUAUUAGUUUGUUAAAGUUUACCAUCAUUCUUCCAUUAAAUGUCACAUCUUGCCUAUAUGCAUUAGCUCAUGACAGUGUAUUAGGGAAUCUGUUUUCCACACAUAGCACCCUCUGCUCUGUGAAACUUACUUAAGGAUAUUCAGAAAUUAUGUUUGCAUGCCAUACACAAUUUGUAGCAGCCUCUGAAAGAUUAAUGAUAGCAGUACAGAUGAAAAAAAAAAAAAAAAAAACUUAAUUUUGUAUGAUAAAGCGACAGUCCAGUAUUUUUGUAUGAAUAUGAUCAAUACCUUUUCCAAAAUGAAGCUCUGAUAUGCAGAGCAAAAACAUUCUGGGCUGUUUAAGGACCUUCAGCCAAACUUUAUCUUUUGCUGGUGUGGCUUAUUUUUUACACGUGAAAAGCUUUACAUUUUUGUUGUUGUUGAUGAUGAUGAUUGUUACCCCCCCCCCCCCAUCUGUUUUAACAACUCCCCAAAACAGGUAUAUUUCAGCGCAUCAGUGCUUCUGCUAGCUUAGGUUAAUGCUGUACAUCAGGUGUAGAGACCCUACCAAACAGCAAUAGCAUUAGGAUCUGUCCUUGCUAGAAAAGAAAUUAUACUUUUAUGCCUUGUGUUGGCUUGUAUACCAACAAUUUAUAAAUAAACAACAUACAAAUGUGAUCAAA